AGCGGGUGGAGAGGAAGAGGACGAGGAGGAGGAGGAGUGGGAUAAACCCAGCAGACACGCAGACGGCGGGACGGAAAGAAAGGAAAGACACGAGGAGUAAUCUGCGACACCCUCAGGACUUUUUCCGCUCCUGCAGGAAUAUUUGAGAUAUUGAAUUUUCUCUUUUUUGCGUUUUUCAUUUUCGGGCUGAAAUUGUUUGGACUAGACAGCUGCUGCUGCUGCUUCCUGCCGGAACCACACAGAGGGAAAACACACACGCUCGCACAUACGAUGAGAGUUUAGUGUCAGUUACCGGACAGCGCGUGUGUUCGCGUGCGGGUGCGUGUCCUUUCCCAGCUUUGCUUUAUCGCUGUUUGCUAUUAAAUUUGACGUUUUUCUAAGGGAGGUCUGCUCAGCUCAGGACACCUUGUUUUUGACCUGUAUGUGCGUGCACGUGCGUGAGUGGGCAUGGACGUGUGCGUGCUCAGCAUGUCGCAGCGCCGCUUUUGUAUUAGAAACAAUUCAUAAACACCUUUAUUUUUGUUGAACUCGGAGGAAAUCCUGCAGUGUGUGUUUGCCUGUUUGUGGUUGUGCACGUGCGCGUCCACACCCCGUCCUGCAGAUCAAUGAAGAGAGAUUUACUGACUUCGACGCGAGAGGUGGUGAUUUGAUGUUUUUGUUUCAAACUGUUUUUACCGGAUGGAUUUUAAAUAAAAAAACAAUAAAAACUGAAGGAAAGACUUAGAAAACUGGAUUAAACUCCGUAGAAGAAGAGAAGACAUGGCAGGCUGAGCGCCAUCGGUGAGGCAGACUGUCUCGCCUGAGGCACAGAUCAGAGGACUGCAGGCUCACAGCAUGGUGGAUGCCAGUGCAGCAUACAGGAUGAACCCACUAGCUGCCCUCAGUAUUGACCACAACGCUCUGGUAGGGGAAAACCUCCGCCCCCAUGGAGGGAUUUUCUAUCCUGGCAUCCAUCCUCUCUCAGCUGAAAAGCCCCAGGAGCCUGGCACCUCUCUCCCGCUUGGCUACGACCUACUGUACAAACCAGAUGUGACCCCGCUCGAUGGCCAGAAAUCUACAAAUGGAUAUGUUGGACUUUAUAAAGGUCUACCACCAGGGCUACAGAAACCCUUGGUUCUCCCUGCUGCAGGAGGUGAUGGCUUAGGGCUGGAUCACCGAGUCCUACCCAAUAACAAGCAGUCAGAACUGGGCCUGAAUAAUGCUGGCAGCUUCCUGAGAUUGCCCUGGAUCAGCCCUUACACUGAUGCAACAAUGUACCCCUUCCUGGACAUGGCAUACAAGGCCUCCUUCCUCUCCCAGCCAUCCCCCUUCAUCCACCAGCAGCUGGCAUAUCAAUCUCUGUGUGCCGCUGGGGCUGGAAGCAGCACACCUGAGGAAGACAGACUUUUCUACCUGCCUCUUUAUGCCCCGACCCAUAUCUCCUCCCCACUGGGCCCUCCUAUCAGGAUCCCGACAGCCGCUCCAGCUCCCGCUGUCCUUGCAACCCUGUCCCAUUGUCAGGACAAGGCCCUGCAGGGUCUUGGGCCUCAGAUACAUCAGGAACCUUCUGCCUUUAGUACCAGUCCACAGAUCCACCAGGAGCCCCAGUCUCAAGCUGUUCACCAUACUGAGCAACAACAUGGUAGCACUAGCACUAAUGCUAAGUCUAGUCAGCCCUCUUCCACCGAAAACACUCCUAGUAGUAGUGGGGGUGGAAGUAACGGUGCCUCUAUUAACAGUUCAGCUAACGCUGCUGCCUUACUGUCACCCCCAGUUACCCAGCCUACAUCCUCAGUUCCCCCACCUCAACCCCUCAACAAAACCACUACAGACCUCCAGAAAUCCCUUUACAGAACCACCUCCUCAUCCUCAACUUCACUUUCAGCAUCUCACCCCUUUUACAUGGGCAGCCUGAGCUCUAAGCACUGCUUUCCCAAGCACUCAGGCAGCAACAAAACCAAAGAUGCCAGUUCAGACCGCUGUAGUGCAGAGAAGUCACCUGCAAAGACAUCGCUGGACAGAGCUGUACCUCAAAAACAUGCCAAAAACUCUGGAGAAAAACCUUUGGAUCUGUCUGCCAAAGAGCUGGAAGGAUUCUCAAAUGGACUCCCAUCUAAAACAGAGGCCCUGGCCAAAUUGGGGUAUUUAUCACCAUCUCGUUAUGGGCUUCUAGCCAGUCAGGACCAGCACCUAAAAGAAGGUCUACACCCACCUGUUAGCAUGUCAGCAAAGACUCCAGAUCAUCCUGAAAUGAUCAGCACCGUGCCCUCCUCUUGGGUUGUUCCAGGUCCUUCCACAGCUAUGAGCUCUGAGCAGACCAGAUGCUCCCAAACUAUGAAAAAGAGUUUAGAUGGUGUUCCUAAUCAACUGCAACCUCACAGCUCACCUGGCUCCACAACAGCUGAGGUGACCAGUAUCCCCAGUCCUGCCUCAGGGGGAAGACAGACUGCAUCAUCCCCUUCACCAAAAUCCAAAGUUGAUUGGCCACAAGGCAGUCCUAUUGGUCCAGAGAAAGGCCCUCCUAACAGCAGAGCAGAAACUCGUACAUGUUCUGGAAAACAUAGCACAACUCCUGCUAAAACAGAUGCUCAAGAGAGCCAGCCUCAUCGCCCGGAAAAUGGAAAUUCCUCCAGCCAAAUCUUUGGGGACUCCUACCUCCCUCCUGGUUUAGGUUACACUAAUUGCUACAUCCCAUACUCACUUGCAGAGAAUAUGUCCAUGCAACGCGUGACCAUACCAAGCAAAGGACCUGUGUACCCCCACUCAGUCAUGCUUGGCAGCAGUAGCUUUUACCCACCUCACAUUGCACCAAAACAUGCCCUCCCAUAUGGAGUCCACCCAUAUCAGAAUUCCCAGGAGAUGGUCCCAACACCCAUGUCAUCCUACGCAGGUGUUGACACCAAAGACCAACUCGAGAACAGGUCUAAAACCCAAGAUGAACACUGGAAUGCAGAACUAUAUAAAAACCAGGAUAGGCUGGAAGCUGACAGCUGCAGUAAGACUGACAAUGAGAGGGCAAAGUCCACAAACCAAACCAUAAAGGAUUCAGGUAAAAGCCACUCUGCCAGAGAUGACAUAGUUUGUAUUGACCUGGUGCGUGAUGAGGCAGAUGAUGAUUUGUCCACUAACAAUCACAGCUCCCUAUCUACCACAUCAACUGAUUCCUUCAAGCAUGGCUGUAACCACAUCCAAGAAGGAGAGCCAUGGCCUCCAAAAGGUCCCCCUCCUAGCCAGGCUGCAGAGCAGGGACUAGGUUUAGUACCCCACACUUCCCAACCACAACCUUCUCACCAUACCUCAACUUCACCCCCAUCUAAUCAAGAGGGGAUCCCAGAGCUGACCCCUGAAGAGGAAAAACCACUUAUUCCAUUUCCAGACAUCCCAGAGGAGCAGACGAUGCGCUGUGCCCGAACUUGUCCGGAACAGUUUUCAAGAAAAUGUAGAACUGGAGCUUCUGGUGGUGCUGGGGACACGAUGAGGGGUGUCACUUGUAGUGGGAGUAAUGGUGUUGAUGGGAAGAGUGCUAGUACGGAUACUAAGUCAGAAGCUGUCACCAAUAAAAUGCUUAGCCCUGAGGAAAGCCCUUCCAGAAAAGGCAACUCACAGGGUCUUCUUAGCAACGAAAAUUGUUCUAGUGAAUUUACCACAUCUAACAACAUCAUGGCAUGUACAGCCACGAGCCCAAAGAGUCCGGUUUAUGUGGGCAACAGCAAUUCAGACAAUUUAGUUUGCAGCAGCAGGGGGCUGGCACACAGAGGCUUUAGUCCCCAGGUCCCAGCUUCUAGGAGUUUGAAUCCCAGGGCUCCAGCUGGAGGAGUCAAAAACACCAGGGCACCACUGUGUGUUAACACCAGCCCUGGAGCUUCCAGCAGUGGAGAUGCAAAUAGUCCAAAUGUCAUCAGCAGAACCUUUGUGGGCCCAUGUUGCAAAAAUGUGGCUCAGAGGGCUCCCACUUGUGAACCCAGAAUUUUUAGUAGUUUAGCAUGUGGACAUAGAAACCCUGUUGCCCCAAACUGCAGGGGCAUUAGUCCUCAAUUUAUAAAUUGUGAGAACUGGAGUGGAGUGCACUCAGCUUGUGGAAACACCAGUCUCAGAGCCGGGUGUGGAAAGAACCGUUUUAAUCUGCCAAACUGCAGAAACACCCUCUCUAAGGGCCAAGCGUUAGUAAACAACCAAACCUGUGUGAAUAACAAUCCCAGGAUCCUCACAUAUGGAAACGCUUUUCCUCCAGGACCAACCUGUCGGCACCCUUCACCCGGCAGUCCUGCCACUGGAGACUUGAAUAGGAUGCCUGCAGACUUGACUCCAGAACCGCCAGUUAACAGGGAUCUUAAAUGUGAAGAGCUUUCUUCCAAUGAAAUGGGGCUCAGAAGAGAGACCUCCAACUCUCUCCUCACCUCCACCAGCUGUGGAGAUGGGAGCAAAGGCACCCAGGACAGCAUGGAUCCCCAGGCAGAUGAGGAUGAGGGCCCUAGUUGUAGCAAGGACCGGCACUGUGGCCUCACUAAAUGCAUCGCCAACUCAUCCGGUUUUGUGAGUGAUCGCUUGAAAUGCUUGACCACGGAGCUUUAUGGCAACUCCAGCAAGCUGAGCGGGGAGCAGAAAGCACUCCAGCAUGCAAUGCUGCGCUUCUCUGAGCUGGAGCUGAAGGAGAAAGAGGGGGGAAGAGGAGAAGAAGAUGAAGAAGAAGGCAUCACAGCAGCAGCAGUGGAGAAGGAGCUGGCAGACGGCCAGCAGCGAGAUGGGGGGAGGGAGGAGGAGGAGAGGAAGAAAGAGGGAGGAGGGCAAGGGGGGUGGGAGUGCUGCCAACAGACUGAGGGGAGGCGAAGAGGAGGAGGAGGAAGAACUCCCUCUGCAGCCGCUGCCGAGGCACCGAGAGGUUUCCAGAUGUCCUGCCCACACAGCCACCUCCCUGUCCUGCCGCUGCACCGCCACUCCGACAACCUCCCUGUCCUCCGAGAGAAGGAUGGCCACUCUGCAGAGGAGGAGAAGAAGAAUGAAAAUGGAGAAGAGGAGAAGAAGAAAAAGGUUUUUGUCUUGCAGCCAGAGCAACAACAAAGAUUUGUACCCACAGCCAGGGGCCUGUUUCAGGGAAACACCUCCAUGCCGACCUCGGCAUCAGGACUCGGAGGUUUGAAUCCCGGUGUGGUAAUAAAUCGGAGGCGUAUCUUUAGUCUGGAGCCUUUCCACCAGAGCAGCAUCAUCAGCAGCCGGCUGAAAAGAGAGAGGGAGGAGCAGAGGGAGGGAGAGCGGGACGAGGACCACGGGAGUUAAAAUGGUACGAGUUCACCAAGUCCUCCAGAAACUGGAUCCAACUCGACCACAGAUGAUGUGAAGAAACUGAAGGUUUGCAUCGAGCUGAACGGCCUCCGACUCAACAAGCCCCGCCUCCCCGGGGAGCUCAGCGAAUGGCUGCCAUCCAGCCAGACACCAGCAGAGGGUGACAGGAAGUUCAGAGUGGGUGUCCCAGAUGUCAGAGGGGCGUCAGAGCUCAACGGAGGCUGGUGCGAUACUGUGUUAAUGAGGAGGGACGACCUGAGAGGUUUCCACCUGGCCCCGCCCUCCUCUCCCACCCAUCUGCCCUGGCAACCGGUCGGCUCUGCCCCUCGGCAACCCUCCCCUGCAUCUUUCACUUCUUCACGCCUCCAGUACAAGCAUCAGAAGCUGAGGGAGAGCCGCAGGGUCUCCAGUUUCCUCCCGUCCUUGCCUCCUACCUCUUCCUCACCUGAAUCCCAUCCAUUCCGCUGCCAUGACGAUGACCUCAACAAGCCAAAGGGCAAGCGUCCCUGCAAGACCAAGCACACAGGAGGAGAGAUGGCGAGGGAGGAGCAGCGAGAUGGAGGAGGGAGCAGCACUGAGGAGGAGAGAACUGGGAAGGUCUCACCAUCAGAACCACCUUGCUCACCAGGACAUGGACCCGUGUACACACACUCUCUCCGACCCGUCCCUCCGGAGGUCCGCCGGCUCAUCGUGAACAAGAACGCCGGAGAGACAUUGCUGCAGCGCGCCGCCCGGCUGGGAUACAAGGAAGUGGUGCUGUACUGCCUGGAGAGACGCCUCUGUGAUGUUAACCACCGAGACAAUGCUGGGUACUGCGCCCUGCAUGAGGCCUGUGCCCGUGGCUGGCUGGGAAUUGUACGCCACCUGGUGGAGCAUGGAGCUGACGUCAACUGCAGCGCUCAGGACGGAACCAGGCCACUGCAUGACGCCGUGGAGAAUGACCACAUGGAGGUGGUGCGGUUCCUGCUGGCCUGCGGCGCUGACCCAACCCUCACCUCCUACUCCGGGCGAGGACCAAUCAACAUGACCCACAGUGCUGCCAUGGAAACCUUCCUGGAGGACUAUCUCUCCGACCUCCAGGGAAGAUCAGAGGGCGACCCAGGAAUCUACUGGGAGUUCUAUGGCAGCUCAGUGUGCGAGCCUCCCAGCGAGGGAGGAGUGUAUAACAUUCUUGCUGAUCCCCCUGGGCCGGAGGAGGAGGAGGAGGACGAGGAUGAGGACGAAGAUGAGGAACAGCGUGCCAGGAGGGAGGUGUUUGAGUUCGAGCUGUCUGACUGCCCACUGCUUCCCUGCUACAACAUCCAGGUGUCGCUGUCCCAGGGUCCCAGGAACUGGCUCCUCCUUGCUGAUGUUCUCGGUCGCCUUCGAAUGACAUCUCGGUCUUUCAGGCGCCUCUUCCCACAGCUCAAUGUCCAGUCCAUCCCUGAAGAUGAGUUCUACCGGCAGGUGUUCCUGUCGCAGCUCUUGACAGGUCCUGAUGAGCAGGAGCUGGCCUCUGUCAGGCCAGACAUCAAGGACCCUCUGGAGUUGGUGGAGGCCACCCCCGAGCUGGCUGGCAUGCUCGGCUCUUCUCUGGAGUUUGUGGACAGUCGUUGGGACUCACUGGAAGCUUCCCCACCUCCAACACCAUCCCCACCAUCAUCACCGAGCCCACCACAACAUAUUCCACCAUUAUUACCAGCACAGCGGCAGGGGGCAACAGAAGCUGGUACUAAAGUGGACAAUGGGUUGCAAAACAGGACUGCAGGGUUUGGACAAUGCCAAGGACUUAAAAUUCCUGGAUAUUCUACUCUGACAGGUAAAAUGGAAGCUACAUUUGAUACUAGUAUGUGGGAACGACAACAGCAAGGAAGUAAAAAUGCUGGGGUCCCUUCUCCAGCAAAACCCAGUGUGACAAUGAAUGUUAGCAUGUGGGAAUCACAACGGCAAUGUAGUAAGGUUACUGGGAUGGCUAAUCCAGAGUCUAAGAUGGACCCCAGCACUUGUGAACCAGAAAGGCAACAGAGUAAGAACACUAAUGCUAAUUCUUCUAAACUGGACCCUAUCAUGUGGGAACAACAACGACAAUGUGGUAACCCAGACUCUAACAAAGACUCCAGCAUAUGUGAACCACAAAGACAAAGUAAGAAUUCUGGAAUUGCUAGUCGUACCACUCCAGGGUCUAACUCCAGCAUGUGGGAGCAACACCAGCAAAAAAGUAAAACCAUGGGGAUCACUGCAAUGAAGUCCAGCGUGGCACUCAAUGCCAGUAUGUGGGAACCCCAACGACUUCGAAGCAGGAACGCUGUAAAUUCAGAACCACAGCGACUACGGAAUAAGAACAAUGGGAAUGCUAGUCCUGGGAAUUCAAAUGGUGCAGUGGAUGCUAAUACAUGGAAACGACAAAAUCAAGGGAUUAAGGCUGGUGGCGAUUGUACCAGUCCAGGUUCUUUGGUUGAUGGUAGCAUGUGGGAACCACAACGACUGCGAAGUAAGAACACUACAAUAACCAGCCCUGCAAAGCCAGAUGCUAGGGUGGAUGCUAACACGUGGGAACACCAGGGAACAAAGAGACUGGGUGGCAACAACACAGCAUACAAAAGAGAAGCUAAGUCCUGUGAUACGCAAGGAGGUAAGACCACAAAGAUGGAUGCUACCUGGCAGAGGAGCUUGGGCAAUGUCAGAGUCCACAUCAGGGACUUGGGGAUGAAAGUUGGUGGAGGAGGCAUCCGGAAAGAUUUGAAGAAAGAGCACGGGAAGGUUGUCGGGAAGGCUGCACGGGUUAAAACCAGGUCAUGACACUACACGACCCAACCAGGGAAAUAAGAAGUCACAAGUUAAAGAGUCAAACUGAGCUGCUUUGAGACUGACAGACAUUCUUCAGCAGUGUUCCAUAAAGAACAUUAAUAAGUUUACAAAAAACUGAAACCUAUGUGUAAAUAGUGUAAUUUGGCAAACGUCAAGUUUGGACAUCCUCUGUGGAGAGACUGUAACAGUAUCGUGUAUGUUUUAUGUAUACUGUAAAUGUGUCUUUUUUAUUUAUGAGUGCUGAUACCACUGUCCUCUGUAAAUGCAGUUUGGUGUAAAUGCCAUACAGUUUGUGUUACGUGCUGAGAUCGUCAGUUCCAGUGUGGGAGACUCUGUUACUUUUAUGUGUGAUUUUGUAUUAAGCAUUCUGUUGGCUUUCAUCACCCAACUAUUUAUUGUCCAAUAAAUAUGAAGGAGGAGGAUAAAUGGAAGACUACGCUAUCUGAAUUAAAAGGGGCACCUUUAGCAUUAGAGGGGGCUGUAGCUAACUGAUUAGCACUGUAAGAAGCCUAUGCUCGUAUUUGUUAGCUAACUGGUUAAAAAUGUUAGCACUACUUUUGUGAGCAUGAAUACAGUUUCCUAGAUGUUUACUUGUAGCUUUUGGUACUGGAGCAAAAGUGGUAGUUUACUUUACACUUGUUAGCAUCACAGAUGUUUACAGCUAACUGGAUAUUAUGGGUAGUAGACAUUUUAUACGUGUUAGCAUUAAAACGCUACUGACCGGUUCUCCUUACACAGUGUCAGCGCUCUAAAGUCAUAGCUGGCUGGUUAGCUUUGGUGGUAUUUUCUUUACAGCAGCCAACUGUUUGUGCGUAUAGUACAUUCUCAAAUGUAUAAUCAUUGAAUUGUAUGGUUACAGAAUGCUUUUUCUCCCACGAGCCGUAACCUUGUCUGUAAUCACCAAGGGGACGCUACCUGAAAUAACAUAAAGGGAGGAAACGCUGUGUGAUGAAGGAACCACACUGUGACACUGAUGGAAACUGAAAUGCUCUUCUGAACAUCUGUACAAGGAUGAGCUCUGUCCUGAUGCUAGGCGGCGCAGUGAAACGCAGCAAUAUUUCAUUUCAGCCUGACGGGAAAUUAAAUCCCACUGAUUGGAGCGCCGGGGGAGGGUUUUCAUUUCAGCAUCCCUGCCAGAGUUCAGACUCAGAGGAGAAAUACACUGACUGAGAAUAUGAACAUGUACUAAAAAUAAACGUUAACGUGUGCUGCGGUUUAAGCAGCAGUAACAAGUGACAGACAGGGAAGAGUCGUCUGUUAGCAGGCUGCUCGCAGCGCAGCUUUGGUGUUAGGAAGGUCUUUUCUCCUUUGAUGGAGGUGGGCUAACAGUUUCCCCUUGAUUCCAGUCUUUGUGCUAAGCUAGGCUAACUGGACGGGGGCGAAAGUGAUAGCCAGUGAUUUCCUGUGAUGACAGGCUGUUCUUUAAAGCAGUGACAAACGACACAUCCAGCAGUGCUGGGUUUCAUCGCCGUCGCCACCCCCGACAGGAAACGCACACAAAGCAGCUUGUGUGUGUGUUUGUGUGUUUUUCAGUAAUUGUGUGCGUAUAAUAAGUGUGUAACUGUUUUGUGUGUGUAGCUGCCCAGUGUCGAUGCCGAAGACUACGGAUUGAAUUGCUAAUGGAGUGUGUGUGUGUGUGCGUGUGUGUGUGUGGGACGUCUGGCUGUUUAGCGAGCGAGACGAGCAGCGCUGGCGAUGAAUAUUUAAACAGAGAGAGGGAGAGCAGCCAUCAUUUAUUGAUGUUGCUGAGGGGAAAGAUGAAUAGCCUGUCUGUAUACACAGUGCUGGAGAGGCGAGUGUGAGUGUGUCCGAGUCUGCACAGUCUCUGUGUGAAACUGCAGACGCCUGAAUAUGAGUCGACCCGCCGAGUGUUGUGGGCUGUGUUCUUCAGCGAGAGUGCUUGUUGGACAGCCUCUCUCCACAGUGGCAUUUUGUACCACACCGAAACUCCAACACUCACUUCCAUUUCUGUUAUCUGGCUUACAGAAGUUUGAAUACAAGUUGGGAAUCUGCAGUGCAUGUCACUACUUGUCAGGGUGCAGGGCGAACGAAGGUGAAUGUGAGUCAGGAUCCCUACGAGUUUGUACAAAGCGGUUUAUUCAGCAAAUUACUCAGAACCGUGUGCUGUGUUUAGGAUUUCAGUAUCAUUCAAGCAGCAUCCAGCUGAGGAGGACCAGCUGGGAAUGUUUGUAGCUUUCUGAAAAUCCAACGGUCACACCUGCUUCAAGAUCAGUGUAUCUCAUGGAGCAAGUCAGGCUUUGUGGUAGAAUGCAAACUGUGAAUGCAGGAUGGGACCUGCCAGAGUCUGAUUGCAAGGAACAAAUCUGCUCCUCU